CUGAGUCAUCAAGUCAAACAGUGGAGGUGUAGAAUUUGCUCCCACCUUCAGAUUAGAGAGGAAAAGAGGAACAGUUCUUCUCUGGAACCUUUGGAACUUUUAUUGGCUUGGUCCCUGUUGCUGCUGAUUUAAUCCGGAUGCAGAGAACCACAGUGGACAUUCGAAACAUCUUUCAGCCUUGAUCACCUAACUGUAGCGAAAUACGGAUCUCCUUCAGGCCUGGCGAGUUGAUCCAAAGAAUCUGGAGCCAAAAGUGAAGGGACACAACAGGUCCUUGUUGAAGACUUGCGUUUGUAGGUUUUGAUUUAGCGUCUGCACCUGCAUCUGCGGCCAUGGACAAGGGCAGGAGCAGGAGGCUAACAGGACGAGGCGGCUGAACGCUAAACGUUAACGUCCUCUUAUGAGCCAGGUGCGAAUGUGGGUGAGAGAGUGUCUGAACGUGGGCAUGCAUGAGCGAGGGUGUGCUAGAGUGUGUAUAAGAAUUAGCUUUGAUUGUAGGUGGGAUUUCUAACUGGCAGAUUUACCAUCUGGGGAAAAAGCGCCAGAGGAGGCCUUUCAAUCUUUUGUUCCAAUCUGUAGGCUCAGUUCUCAGGUCUUAACAGUGCAUGCCUGAAAUACAAAAAGUUAAUUAUAUUUCCAUUUUAUUGCUAGACGCACCAGCCAGAAUUCACACAGCUUUGCGAUUCGAAGACUUAAGGUUAGAUCAUUACUGUAGAAAAAACUGUAAACGUCAGGGGUUUACGUUACUCCUUUUAAAACCGAGCGAUUUGGAGCGGAUCUAGUAAAGCACCGUCAGGGGAUUGGGACAUUUCUGAAUCAACACUUUGACUGGGAUCACAUCUUCUAAGAGGAACAAAUUCGCCACUUAAACCAGCGACCCAUGGCGCCCAGUUCCUGACAACGCAUGCUUCACUCUGGGGUGCUAUAGGCAGCAGACGGCGUCUCCAUGAGGAGCAGUAGAAGAUGCCGGAACUGCCAGCGGUGCUGCUGUCGAUUCACGUCUACUUCUUGCUAAUUACUGUGCUUAACAUGCCGCCCUCCUCUCUAAGCCAAACUCCUGUCCUGUCAUCUGUGAGAAUGGCGGCAAUUCUGGAUGACCACUCUGCCUGUGGCCGGGGAGAGAGGUUAGCCUUAGCGUUAGCACGGGAGAACAUCAACAGCCUGCUGGAGGGACCUGCUCGAGCUCGGGUGGAUGUAGACGUGUUUGAACUGCAGAAGGACUCUCAGUAUGAAACCACAGACACCAUGUGCCAAAUUCUGCCAAAGGGUGUUGUUGCUGUGAUUGGACCUGCCUCCAGUCCUGCCUCUGGCUCUACUGUCAGUCACAUCUGCGGUGAAAAGGAGAUCCCUCAUGUGAAGAUCGGUCCUGAGGAGACGCCACGGCUGCCUUACCUGCGCUUCGCGUCCGUCACCUUGUAUCCUAGCAACGAGGAUCUGAGCCUUGCCGUUGGCGCCAUCCUACGCUCCUUCAGCUACCCGUCAGCCAGUCUGGUCUGCGCCAAGGCCGAGUGUCUGCUUCGAUUGGAGGAGCUGGUGAGGCGGUUUCUGAUCUCCAGGGAUACACUGUCAGUCAGGAUGCUGGACAAUGACCUCGAUCCCACUUCCUUACUCAAGGAGAUCCGUGAUGAUAAGAUAGCUACCAUCAUCAUCGAUGCUAAUGCUACUGUCUCCUACCUAAUUCUGAAAAAGGCAUCUGAAUUGGGAAUGACAUCAGCGUUUUACAAGUACAUUCUCACCACUAUGGAUUUUCCAUUACUGUGGUUGGAUGACGUGGUAGAUGAGAACUCCAACAUUGUGGGCUUUUCAAUGUUUAACACGACACACCCCUUCUACCUGGAAUUUAUCCGGAGUCUGAACCUGUCUUGGAGAGAGGGCUGUGAUUUUAACCCAUACCCAGGACCAGCGCUUUCGUCGGCUCUGCUGUUUGACGCCAUGCAUGUGGUGGCGAGUGCAGUCCAGGAGCUGAACAGAAGUCAGGAAAUCGGAGUGAAACCCCUUAGCUGUUCCUCCCCACAGAUCUGGCAACAUGGGACCAGCCUGAUGAACUACCUACGCAUGGUGGAGUAUGAUGGUUUAACUGGUCAUGUUGAGUUUAACAGCAAAGGCCAGAGAACCAACUACACCCUGCACGUUCUGGAAAAACAUAAAUCAGGCCACAAACAGAUCGGGAUCUGGUAUUCUAAUAACACUCUGGUCAUGAACUCCAGCAGUCUGGACAUCAAUGUUUCUGAAAUGCUGGCCAACAAGACCCUCAUCAUCACCACCAUACUGGAGAACCCGUAUGUGAUGAGGAAGGCGAAUUACCAGGAUCUGGAGGGGAACGAGCAGUAUGAAGGGUUCUGUGUGGACAUGCUGAAGGAACUGGCUGACAUACUGAAGUUCACCUUUCGGAUCAAACUUGUGGAUGAUGGUCUGUACGGAGCCCCGGAGCCCAAUGGCUCCUGGACUGGUAUGGUGGGGGAGCUCAUUAACAGGAAGGCUGAUUUAGCGGUGGCUGCUUUCACCAUCACCUCUGAAAGAGAGAAGGUCAUUGAUUUCUCCAAACCCUUCAUGACCCUGGGCAUCAGCAUUCUAUACAGAGUUCACAUAGGUCGAAAGCCUGGCUAUUUCUCCUUCCUGGAUCCUUUCUCUCCAGCUGUUUGGCUCUUCAUGCUGUUGGCUUACCUAGCUGUCAGCUGUGUGCUUUUCCUCGCAGCCAGGUUGAGUCCAUAUGAGUGGUAUAAUCCUCAUCCGUGCCUGAGGGAGCGCAGGGACCUGCUAGAGAACCAGUACACCCUAGGGAACAGUCUUUGGUUUCCUAUAGGAGGUUUUAUGCAGCAGGGUUCAGAAAUCAUGCCCAAAGCUCUGUCCACACGCUGUGUCAGUGGAGUCUGGUGGGCAUUCACACUGAUCAUAAUCUCCUCAUAUACUGCAAACCUUGCUGCGUUUCUGACAGUACAGAGAAUGGAGGUCCCUAUUGAGUCACCUGAUGACCUGGCAGACCAAACCAACAUCCAGUAUGGCACUAUUCAUGGUGGAAGUACCAUGACCUUCUUUAUGAACUCACGUUACCAGACCUACCAGCGGAUGUGGAACUACAUGUACUCGAAACAACCCAUCGUGUUUGUGAAGAGCACGGAGGAAGGCAUCGCCCGUGUGCUCAACUCCAAAUACGCCUUCCUGCUGGAGAGUACUAUGAACGAGUACCACCGCAGCCUCAACUGCAACCUCACGCAGAUCGGGGGCCUGCUGGACACCAAGGGCUAUGGAAUCGGCAUGCCUCUUGGCUCUCCAUUUAGAGAUGAGAUCAGUCUGGCAGUUCUGCAGUUGCAGGAGAAUAACAGACUGGAGAUACUGAAGCGCAGGUGGUGGGAGGGGGGACAGUGUCCUAAGGAAGAGGAUCACAGAGCUAAAGGUCUGGGGAUGGAGAAUAUCGGUGGUAUCUUUGUGGUAUUGAUCUGUGGAUUGAUCAUCGCUGUCUUUGUGGCAGUGAUGGAGUUUGUGUGGUCCACACGGCGCUCUGCUGAGACUGAUGAGGUCUCUGUGUGUCAGGAGAUGUUGAGAGAAUUUCAGAAUGCUGUGUCUUGUAAGAAGAGCUCCCGUCUGCGCCGUCGACGACCCCUAUCAAGCUCUUUAGCCCUGCGCCACCCAGCUCGCCUCAGCCUGGGAGCACCACGCCCUCUGCGCCUGGUGAGAGAGAUGCGCCUUAGCAACGGCAAGCUGUACAGUGGAGCAGGGCCCCUGACAGGAGGCUCCGGAGGUACAGGAGGCCCCUCUGAUCUCGGGCCUGGGCCUCAGCGUCUGCUAGAGGAGCCUCUGGGGGCGAAGAGUACGCCAGCAGGACCUGUUGGUCCACCUGCAGUGACUUUGCCUCUUCCACGAGGCUGCACUCAUGUACGCAUAUGCCAGGAGUGCCGGCGCAUCCAGAGCCUACGCACGACCUCAUGCUCCCGUAUCCCUCCCUCCUCAGCUCCCUUGCCUCGCCUGGCCCCGCCCCCACCACGCUCCUCCUCCAAUACAGACAGUGAGGGGGGUGGAGGGCCUAGUCCUCGCCGAAGAGGCCACUCCCCUCCUCCGAGGGGUUGUACGCUCCCGCCGCCUCAGAGCAGCGCGACUACAGACUUGCUGGCUGAGCAGGACUAAAUGAGAGAGAGAAGAGGAAGAUGAGGAUGGGAAAACAGAUCCAGUGAGGAUUGUCCUGCAGGAAUUCUAAAACAAUGGACAGUGGAUGAGUGUUUUUUUUCCUGGAGCGCAGUCCUCCCUGUUCCUCUGUGUUUGGUUUGGAAUUCAAUUUCGAACGUUCCCAUUCUGUGUCAUAUAAUGAGACAGCAGCCUGUUGACCAUCUCAUACUGCAGGAAUUUGGAAGCUGAGGAUGGACGAUGUGCAGAGUUGAUUCAUCUCCCCCCGAACUCUGGCUUGUGACUCCCUGGCACAAAGGCUAGCUAGAGAUGAACUUCUGGCUUCUCCUAAAUGAGAGCACACACAUUCGAAUGUUCUGUGAAAUGUACCACAAUCUUAAAAAAAAGAACAAACACUUCAAAUAGACUGAGCCAUUCUGACUUUUUCUGUACUAUGUUUAUUAUUAUUAUUAUUAUCAUUGUUAUUUUUAUUUACUACCUGUAUUGUUGGAUGUCCCAGGCUAUAAUUUAAAAUUAGGAAAUUUAUACUCAUAUGAGGCUUGUUGAUGUUGGACAACUGUAAGGUUACUUGUCGGUUAAAGUACCCCUGAAUGUUACAUUUUGAAAUAGUUAGAUCUUCUUGGGUGCCUGUUUCUGAGAAUAAAUGUUGGCUAUUUUGGUCAAAUUUGUUCUUUAUAAAACAGAUUAAGUUUGUUUGUUUGUUUAUUAGGAUUUCCGGAGGAAACCCAUGCGGACACAGGGAGAACAUGCAAACUCCACACAGAAAGA